AUGUCAACAACGCUCUUCCGUAUAGCCGGCUGGACGUACCUCCCAGAUUUUGCAACAAGACAAGCUCUUCGUGUAAUUCACCAGACGUCUUCUAAUAUCUUUCACCGGCAUCCACCUGACCCACGAACGCCAGCUUAUGCAUUACAUUACCGACUUACUUUCGCAGCAGUUGUCCUCUGCUAUCUCAUCUACAACUUCUUGGACGCUUCGGGAAGUAUCACAAACAAUUUUUACGAGCUUCUCGGCGUAUAUCCGAACUCUAGUGAUGCCACUCUAAAGACGGCGUUUCGCGGAUUUGCAAGGAAAUAUCAUCCAGAUCGAGUAGGUCCAUCAGGGGAAGCCUUGUUCAUCGAGGUUAGGGAUGCUUUCGAAGCCUUGAAGGACCCCGUCGUCAGGUUUGCAUACGACAGAUUCGGACCUGAUGUUCUGAAGUGGAAAGAAUGUACGACCAUGCGCGAGUAUCUCCGGCGCGGACUACUGAGCUCGUCAUUGUACCACAUCAUGACCGGUGCUGGUCUCAUUCUUUUCUCAGCUAUCGGAAAGCCCAGUCCAAUAGCAGCAUGGCGUUAUCUGCUUUUUCUUUGCCUUUUUGCAUCAGAACUUUAUCUCCUCCUUGCCCCCUCGCCUUCCGCAUUAUCACCGGGUCCUUUCAUUGAUGCUGCAGCCUCGCAUGCCACGAUCCUUGAUGUUGCAUUUCCAAAACGUAUAGUAUACCAGCAUGUUCUCCUCCUCCAUCAAGUCUUCUUUUUCCUUUCCGUUGCAUUGUCCCGUGUGGCUCCUGUCCUUUUUCCCUCGCUGAUGCGGGGAGAUCCCAUCGUAGAUCAGCAGAUUGUACGCGCUAUGGCCGAGAGGCUUGGUGCCCUGGCAAAGACAACAGAACGGGAGUUAUCAAUUAUGCUGGAUACGGAACUGCUUGCAAUCCAUGAGACACCUAUGGUCACUUCUGAAAUGAGCACGCUAUCACGGCCACAGGAGAUGCUCAAGAGUGAUAUCAUGCGUGUUUUAACCAUGGAAAUGGAGGAUGUGGUUGUGGAGAAUAAGCUGAAGACGGAAGUCGGACCUGUGAAGACUGCAUGGGACUCUGUUGUGGACAAAGAGAUGAGGAACAAAGAUCAAGGUUGGCGAUUGCAAAAAAUACCAGACAAAGUGCCGUCGCCUCCAGAAACGCGUCAAGUGAAGCUACACAAUCGCCCUCGAUCUUUAUCGUUGUAA